CCAAAGCCCUAGAAUCGUCACCCAUCUGGCACUAUACACACGCCGGCUCCCUCACUCUCCCUCCUCACUCGUCAACACUGCUACAGAAGAGGGAGAGCUCCAGGUAAAAUUGGUGGAAAUAUUAGCCGCGAGCUGGCCUUCAUUUUGGCUCCCAUUUACGCCGUCGCUCCAAACGACGAACUCAAUCGUCCUGGCCCAAACCUGCCGCCCGCGCGAUCAUGUCGGCCACGGCGCAAUCCAAUACCCUGCCUCGCUCUUCCUCAUCAACACGACGUCCACCUUCUUCCGCGUACGAGUACAACACCUCACCCGCCAAUCCCACCAACAUCGCCGCAACCGUUGACAAUCGCGACCGGCCUCACCGCGCGCACUCGGUUCUCCAUCGCAACGCGCCGCCAUCCUCUCCUCGCCGUUCCAUGUCCGCUUCACGGGCUCCGGCAUCUGCCCACCACAGCCGAAGCCCUUCGGCCAAUCUUGAAAAGGUCGCGCGACAGGAUUUCGAGCAGACAAACCUCCCCGGCCAACAGUCCGCCAGUCCACGUCGGAGCGAGUCGCAGGAUCCUUCGGCAGGCAACACCCCAGCACAUCUUUCCCGCAGUGAAUCAACCCGGCAAUCCUCGGGGCACGGCCGGACACAAUCUCGUUACAAAGACCAGACUACCCCGGCCUCGACCUCGGGUGGUGGAUCCAACUCGAAUCACAGUCAUCAUGCCUCCGAGUCGCGUGCGGCUGCGCCGCCGACUCAACUUCGCCGGCGGACCACCAUCGAUGCUCAGACGGGCCAUUGGGAGCUCGGCAAAACCAUCGGCGCGGGCAGCAUGGGCAAGGUGAAGCUUGCUCGGAACAAAGCGACGGGAGAGCAGGUCGCGGUGAAGAUCGUGCCGCGACAAAGCACAGAAGGCGAGCACCGGACGCAGGCCGACCGGGACCGCGCCGACCGCAGCAAGGAAGUAAGGACUGCGCGGGAGGCCGCCAUUGUGACGCUGGUUGAUCACCCGUACAUUUGCGGUAUGCGGGAUGUGGUACGCACCGGCUACCACUGGUACAUGCUCUUUGAAUACGUCAACGGUGGUCAAAUGUUGGACUACAUCAUCAGUCACGGACGACUAAAGGAGAAGCAGGCGCGGAAAUUCGGCCGGCAGAUUGCGAGCGCGCUUGACUACUGCCAUCGCAACAGCAUUGUCCAUCGUGAUCUCAAGAUUGAAAAUAUCCUGAUCAGCAAUAAUGGUGACAUCAAGAUCAUUGAUUUUGGCCUAUCGAACUUGUUCAGCCCGCGCGAUCAUCUCAAGACGUUUUGUGGCAGCUUAUAUUUCGCUGCGCCGGAACUGUUGCAAGCGAAAGCUUAUACAGGGCCCGAGGUGGAUGUAUGGAGUUUUGGCAUCGUGCUCUACGUCCUGGUCUGUGGCAAGGUUCCGUUUGAUGACCAGAGCAUGCCGCAGCUCCACGCAAAAAUCAAGAAAGGUGUUGUAGAAUACCCGCCGUGGCUCACUCCUGAAUGCCGCGGCUUGAUCGCGCGUAUGCUCAUGACCAAUCCAAGCGAGAGAGCGACAAUGCACGAAAUCAUGAAUCAUCCGUGGAUGACAAAAGGCUUCAGCGGUCCCCCCGAGAAUCAUCUUCCAGAACGGAAACCAGUUCAACUUCCACUGGACCCGGAGGUGGUUGCCAAAAUGACGGGAUUCGAUUUCGGCAACUCAAAGUACAUCACCGAGCAAUUGACAGCCGUAAUCGAGUCCGAGGAUUAUCAGCGUGCAGUUCGUCUGAUGGAGAAGCGAAUGAGUCAACCGAACCCAGAAUCAGAGCAGAAGCGGGGAGUCUUUGGUUUUUACAAACGCCGCGGAUCUACCACGAGCAAAGACACACUCAACACGCCUUCGGUGGAGGCCAUUCAGUCUGGCACUGAUCCGAUAAAUGCCUACUCGCCUUUCCUUUCUGUCUACUACCUAGCUCGCGAGAAAAUCGAGCGCGAGGCUCGUGAGAAGAACCCGGGCGCGUUAGCGCUGCCGCAGUCGCCAGACGAGAAGCCGCUGCAAAUUCCCAGUGUUACAACACCGCCGGUCGCGCAUACCAAUAGUCAGACCUAUGAAAUGGCUGGAGAAAAGCCGACCGGUGGUCGCUCACGACCGCGGGCUCGUACACACGGCGAGGACGAAAUCGCUGAUGGAAUCCAGAACAUUGACGUCAAUGCUGCCCCUUCACCACUCAACGCUAACCCGACAAUCAUCGAGCCGUCCGCUGAGCAGCAGAGUAAGGGUCACAGCCGCAAGGAAAGUACUGCUGCGGGAAUUCUCAGACGGUUUAGCAAGCGCAGCAGCGUGGGUGACCGGCUCAGCCAUCCCCCAGCUGCACUGGCCGCCUACAGCAAGGAUUCAAAUUCUGAAUCUCCACGUAAAAGUAUUGGCCUACUGCGAACCCGUGAUAAUAGUCAGAAUCGAGAAUCUACGGGCACUGCAGCGGGCGACGCAUCUUUCGCCAAACAGGCUGGCCUACUCUCACCGCCCGCGGGUGACGACACACCUCCUGGUUCGUCCGCUGUGGAGCCACAGCAAGCACAAGUCAAACGUCAUGGUUUGGGCCGUUCGGUCAGCGUCAAUUCUAGUGAUAUUCGACGCCGUUUAUCGAGACGUGGUGCAUCUGAAGGUUCUGCUGAGCAACAACAACAGCAGCGGAUCAAUCAACAAGCACGUCCUCAACCAUCAUCCUCCUUGGAGCCUAGCGGCCAGGAUAUCGCCUCGGAUGCCGAGCGUUCAUCUUCACGACCCCAUACAACCAUUGGAAUGGCGAGUCGUGCGCGAUCCAUGGGCCACGGCUCCAGCAAUCAACAUUCACGCAAGGAAAGCCUGCCAUCCUCGGCGAUGCUACGAUCCCAGCAGGGUCGGCCUACUAGCAUGAUCUCUUCCUCCAAGAGGGAAUCCUCUCAGUUCCCUACUUCGACGCUUCCACGGCCACAGGAUGUUCGCGAGGAGACCGAUCAGGAGAUCGAGGAGGAGGAGAUCGGCAGCACUCACGACCGUCGUGGAAGCCGAACUCGCCAAUCCCACAAAACGGGUGAUGCAGACGACUACGACGAAGACGCGCCGUCUAUGAAGCCUGUAUAUCUCAAGGGCCUCUUCAGCUCGAGUACCACCACGUCCCGUCCUUUGCCGGUCAUCCGUGCAGACAUUAUCCGGGUCCUGCGCGAGCUGGAUGUCGAAUUCCGCGAGAUCCGUGGCGGAUUCUCCUGCCGGCACUGGCCCAGUAUCGUUGUGGGCAAUAACAGCCCGGACGAGAAGUCUGUUAAUGCCACCGCUGGUGAGGAUGGAGCCACGCCCCGUUCGCCUCCACAAAGUCCUCCUCACCAGGCAGCCUCCAUCGACGGCAGCACCGGGGGCGGCAGUACCGGCCACCGCCGAAAAAUCUCAUUUGCUGGCUUCCGCGCCAGCACCAGCGCUGACCGUCCUCCCCCGAGCAACACAUCCGCCUCCCAACCGCCCAACGACGACAACAUCUACUCCGGCCCCAGUGACGUCGACUAUUCCGAAGACGAGACGGGCCACCUCCCCUCCUCCACUCGCCCACAAGCCCAACAACCCUCGCGCACGAAACGCUACUCUCGCAUCAUCGGCGGCUCCUCAACGCCCGUGCCCCGAGACGCCUCUGCCUCCGCGGGCGGCAGCAAUGCUAUGCAUGCGGUUGGCGAGACCAGCACGCAUGUCCACUCGGACCUCGGUGCUGCGAUGACGGCGCUGCGGUUCGAAAUCAUCCUCGUCAAAGUUCCCUUGCUCCAACUCCACGGCAUCCAGUUCAAGAAAGUCGAUGGUGGGACGUGGCAGUACAAGGCCAUGGCGCAGAGGAUCCUGGGAGGGUUGAGGCUAUGAGGAUGAGGGUUCAUUCUCCUGCACAGUAUUGAGAAGAAGGGAUGGAGAAGAUCUGGAAGCGAUGAAGUCUCGGGGGAGCGAGGAAUCCCCUGCUCGGUUUCCUUGUUGUGCUGCACCAUUAGAACGGGUUGAUCUCGUUCCCUCCCUCCCUCUCUCUCUUUUGGAAGAAGCUUUUUUGAUCUCGAUUUCAUUGUAGUAUUACGUGUAUGAGUGCGAUGGGAGCGAUGUGCGGAGAGAGACCGAAAGAGAGAAUUUAGAAAGCAGAAAGCAGGAAGUAGAAAGCGUCCCUUCGUCUUUAUGCGUAGCGAGUGAUCUCGCCGGACCAAGACGCCCGACUAUCCAAUCAGGAUUAUUUCUU